CCGAAUACCGUAAAAAAUAUCAAAAAGAACGUCUCAACCCCACUUUUUUCAAAAUAAAUGAUCUAGUCUUAGCCCGAACACAUAAACUCAGUAAUAAAAUCGACAAAAAAAUAUCUAAAUUCUUCUUAUUAUACGAUGGUCCCUUUAAAGUAAAAAAUGUUAAAAAUGUCAACGCCUAUGAAUUAGUCAGCCCAGAUGAUGAUACGCCCCAGCAGCGGUAUUCUGUAACUCGAUAAGCUAGCUUAACGACAACUUUCGAUUCGUUACGCUAACGAAAAUUCUCUUAUCGAAUAUUAUCGAUAAAAGCGAUUCUGUACUACAGAUAUUCGUUAACCUAACAACUAUUUUCGUUAAAACUGUCGAUAGUGAAAAUAAAAUAUCGUUAACCUAAUACACCCAUCAAGACCCCUCGAUAAUACUUACCGGGGAUGGAUAAGAGGAAAAACGUCAUAUUUCGUGUUAUCAUUGAUCUGUUAUCGUGCAUUCGUACAAUUUUCAAAUUUUAAUCUUGCGAUUUUGGAAUUAAUAAUUAUUACUAACUCGUUCUCUCAGAUACACGUCAUGGCUCUAGAAUUUUUGAGGUGGGAACUGAUGCUGUUGGAAGAAAGGGUUAGAGCACAAGAACGGCGAAUCGAAAGAAGGGUUUUGAGAGAUACCCAAAAUCCUUUUGAUCUCCCUCAUGAAGAAUUUAUAUUUAUGUUUAGAAUAAGUCCUGAACUAGCAUUUGACGUGAUAAAUGCUAUUAGGCCUUUAUUACAAGGUAAACGUUCUUCAGGACUAUCUCCAGAAGUGCAAUUCCUAGUUACUGUUCAUUUUUACGCUCAAGGUAGUUACCAAAGAGGUUUGGGUGGUAAUUCUAUCCUUAACAUUAGCCAGCCAUCUGUAUGUCGGUCUAUUAGUAGUGUGACAAAUGCAAUUAACCAGCGUCUUUUGAGACGGUGGGUAAAAUUCCCAAUGACUGCAGUUGAACGACAAAAGGGUAGAGAAAAAUUUGAAGCUGCACCCCAACCAUUUGAAGGUACUUUAGGAGCAAUUGAUUGUACCCACAUCAAUAUUCUCGCUCCAGUUGUCCAUGAAGAGGCAUAUGUUAACCACCAUGGCAAUCAUUCGCUCAACGUUCAAGCAAUUGUUGACCCGGAUUUGAAAAUAUUGAACAUAAAUGCAAGGUAUCCUGGAGCUCGCAACGACUCAUAUAUAUGGAGUACGUCUGCAGUACGACGUGGAAUGGAAUUUCAUUAUAACAAUGGAGAACGUCGUACAUGGUUAAUUGGUGAUGCUGGAUACCCAUUAGAACCAUGGCUCAUGACACCAUUACCUCAUUAUCAGGAAGGGACACGUCAAUUUGAAUACACCAAAAAUCUUUGUAAAGCUAGAAAUGUGGUAGAACGAUUUUUUGGUGUAUUUAAAAGCGUUUGGAGGUGUCUUUCCUAUCAAAGAGUACUUAUGUAUGCUCCUAAUAAAGCAGGUAGAAUUGUAAAUGCUUGUGCUACUCAACAUAAUAUGCGAAUCCAUUAUAAUUUACCAAUCCCUGAAGAAGAGUUAGCUGGUGAACAAAAUGGCCAAAACAUACAUGAAAACAUAGAAAUACCAAAUAUUGAUCAACAAGGUGGACCUAGAGCGGUGGCUAAAAGAAUUCAAAGACAUAUUUUAGAUCAGUUUGAUCAUUUAAGAGAUGGGGAAGAGGAAGAUUAAAU